AUGCCUACCCCCUGUUUGCCACUGUCACCCAACAACAAGACCUCGCGCAAGUACACGUUAGAACGGCCAUCAAAAGAAUUCUCUAAUGAUAUGACAAUGCACUACCUUAUCCCAAUGUUUUCUAGAAGUAGACGCAGGAGAAAUAGCAUUAGUAGUCGUAUAAGUAGCCGCAGGAGUAGAAAUAGCAGGAGAAAAUUUAUUAGUGGUCGUAUAAGUAGCCGCAGGAGUAGAAAGAGCAGGAGAAAUAGCAUUAGUGGUCGUAUAAGUAGUCCCAGUAGUAGAUAUAGCAGGAGAAAUAGCAUUAGUGGUCGUAUAAGUAGUCCCAGUAGUAGAUAUAGCAGGAGAAAUAGCAUUAGUGGUCGUAUAAGUAGCCGCAGGAGUAGAAAUAGCAGGAGAAAUAGCAUUAGUAGUCGUAGAAGUAGCCGCAGGAGUAGAAAUAGCAGGAGAAAUAGCAUUAGUAGUCGUAUAAGUAGCCGCAGGAGUAGAAAUAGCAGGAGAAAUAGCAGGAGAAAUAGCAUUAGUAGUCGUAUAAGUAGCCGCAGGAGUAGAAAUAGCAGGAGAAAUAGCAUUAGUAGUCGUAUAAGUAGCCGCAGAAGUAGAAAUAGCAGGAGAAAUAGCAUUAGUGGUCGUAUAAGUAGCCGCAGGAGUUGA